AUGCGUGAGCAAGAGCUGGAAAAAAAGUUAUGCACAGCUCUCAAAUCCAAGACCGAAGUCAAUGACCUUAAUGAGAAAUUACAGAAUAAAUACUCUAAACAAGUGAAGGAUUUUGAUCGGGAAAGAAAGGGAUGGAAUCGGGAAAGAAAGCAAUGGGAGAGUGUAUUUGAUAAUGUUAAUGGUGAGAAACAGAAAUUACAUACCCAUACUUUGGAACUCAUUAAUGUGACUAAUACUAAACGAUUAAAGAUUGAAAAUGCUGAUCUUACUUCCAAGAAUAUUCGUAAAGAUCUUUCUAUUACAGAAUCUAAUGCUGAGAAUGCCAUCAAAUCCAAGAAAAUUAGAUCACUUGAAUCUAUGAUUAAGAUAUUGGAAAGUAAGUUAGCUUCAGCCCAGAACGACGUGUUUUCGAUCCAGAAAGAUUUAUCAAAAAAAGAAUCCGAAAUAAUAUCCCUUAAAUCUAAAAUAGUUGAAUUAGAGCAAGAGUUAGCUUCAACGGUUAGUGAGCUUGGGCGUCUAAAAUUGGAGGAUAUAUCUCGAUCUGUAAUUGGUGGGAAUAUUGAAAAAAAAAAAAACAUGCAAAGCGAGGAACAAAGUUCAAUAUCAGAUUCUAGUAACAUCUCUGCGGUUAGCGAUUCUAAUAAAAGUCUCAGUAAAUAUUUUAUAUGCAGAAAAAAUAUGGACCAGGAUGAAAAAAUCGAUAAUAAUAUCCCAGCACAUACCAAUGACGAGAUUACUGAACUACCAAAAAUCGAUGCUGAGAUCAACCCCAAGAUAAGUGAUGUAACUAGCAUUAGCGAAACUAGUAAAGAUAUAUUCCCAGCCCAGGAGAUAGAGAUCAUACCUUGCACAACAGGAAAAUCAUACCAGGGAUAG